GCUAGGAACCAUAGUGUCAGUCUCAUUCCAGACAAUGUUACAAGCAAGUCCUAGGCUCCUGAAGAGUCUUAGACAUUUGUUGACUCGGCGGAGAGUAGAGGCAGAGGAAGGUCCGGAACCUCGGAAAGAAGAAAAGGAGGAGGAGGCACCACGAGAAGUUGCCAACCUUCAGAGGAUUCCUGGGGAUCUAGAAGACCUGGAAAAGGCUUUCGCAGAUAUUCGUAUGAGUUUGCCAAAUCACAAAGGUGGGGAAGUUAUGAGGGCCCCACCCAAAACAAAACUCAGCUUCCAUGCGCUGCCCAUGGGAAAGCUGAAAGUGGAAAUUGGAAGCCACAAAACAGACACAUUGGUGGACGGAGGGGCGGAAAUCAUGCUCAUUAGAAAAAACUUUGUCAAAAUCAUGGGAUGUGCGGUCAACAAGGAGACGACCGACAGUAUCCGGGGAGCAGGCGGAGAGAUUCCGUUCUCCGGAUAUGUCACUAAGUGCGCCGUCAAGGAGGGAGUCAGGGAGUUGAUCUGGUCUUUCCAACGGAUGACAAUCAUGGAAGAAAUGGACCAUGAUAUCAUCCUCGGAAGGCCUUGGUGUGCGGAUGUGGAAAUGAUAGGGAUGCACCUGCAUAAUGGGACGUACAUGGUAGACAUAGAGGAUCCAGUGACAGGACGUGGUGAGCUGCUCCGCCUCAUUGGGACAGGGGGCAACACCCCAAAGAGGAAAUUAGCAACAUGGUCACCUUCCUUUGAGGAGAGUGCCGAAAAAGGGGUUUUCGCAAAAAUAGAAGGGAUGAGAGAGAGAGUCAAAAUCAUGAUUGAGGAGGCAUUCGUCAAGGAGUGGGUCAAGAUGGGACUGCCACAUACGAAGCGGAGACAGGAGGACGGCGCUUUGGGCGUUAUGGUGAUAGAAAAGGAGACGGAGGUCAAACUAGGGGCCAGUCUACCCAGACCUAAGGAGACGCGGGAUGAGGAGUCAGGGAACUUGUUAAGGCCAUCAAGUAUCAUAAGGUGGUUGGUGUUCCAUAAACAUUACAAGACCCUUAGGCGGAUCCAGGAUCUGCAAAAGCUGAAUGCUGUGACUAUAUGGGAUGCAGGGUCGCUGCCUCAUGCAGACUUGUUAGAAGAAUCUCACGCCGAUCAGAGCAUUUACUCGCUGGUAGAUUUCUAUUCCGGAUAUGAUCAGCUCCCGGUGGACGCCCGAGAUAUACCCUACACGGCCAUGCAUACCCCUGUAGGCCAGCUGCAAAUGCAAGUAACCCUUAUGGGUUUCACCAAUGCUGUGGCGGAAGCACAGAGGAGGAUGCUUGCAAUUGCUGGGGAUAUGUUCCCAGCAAAGUGCGAACCUUACAUUGAUGACAAUCCGAUCAAAGCCGUCCGGGAGAAGGAUGAGACGAAAGUUCAGCCCAAAGUACGAAAGUUUGUUUGGGACCAUUUACAGGACAUCAAGAACCUCCUUCGUAGGUUUCUGGUGUACAAUAUUACCGCCAAUGGUCCCAAGAGUAUCCUUGCAGUUCCAGAAGUGACCAUCCUAGGUUUCGUUGUGGGGCAUAUGGAAGGAAACCCGACCCAACCAAAACCGACAAGAUCUCCCAGUGACCAAUGCCUCUAUAUGCACAACAAUGGAGGUAAGAGCCUUUUUGGGGGUUGUCGGAUUCUAGAGGAUUAUUAUCAAGGGUUUCACCAAGAUAGCAGAACCUAUUCGGACUAUGAUUCACGAAGAAGGUACAAUGGACUGGACCGAGGAACGAGAUGCCGCUGUUCAGGCCCUCAAAGACGUAUUGACGUAGGAGCAAGUCAUACUUGUCGCACCGUGUUUCAGUGAUGAGGUAGGGCGGCCGUUCAUACUUUAGACCGAUGGGGGACCUUUAGCUGUGAGAGGAUUGUUGAUACAAAGAGGUGAAGAUGGGAGAGAAAGACCCAUCGGAUUCGAGAGUAGGACGUUGAACUCAGUAGAGCGUCGCUACUCUCAAUUCAAGAAGGAGGUACUGGCCAUCCUUCACUGCAAGCUUACCUCUUUGGGAGAUAUUUCAUUAUGAGGAUCAAUCCAAUGAACGUCGCAGGAGCGC